UCUACAUCCGGGUUACACAAAAGGUUCCUGCCGUCGCCAUGUUGGUGAAUGAAAUUAGCUCCAAAACAUUGAAUAGCCGCUAGCAAUAUUGAUAUUUCAUUUUCUUGCGGAAUAACAUUUGUUACAGCAUGUGACUUAUAGUAAAUAUGAUUUAGGAUUUAUGAAACCUCUGCCAAAGUCCAAUCUCCUAUUCUUGUUUGCAGACAUAGUAGCAGUGUCACGCAAUGCAACAUGGAAGUGGAUCACAGAAUAUGCAACGACAGCUUCAGAGAUCCAAGUCUGUCAGUGGGGCUGAAGCAGAGGAACAACAGCAGCAGCCCACCAUGGCAGUUACACAGCAAGUGACAGUUAACCACCCCCAAUCUCCAGUGACCACAUUUUCCUCCACUGCAAGCCCCUCAGCCCCCAGUCACCCAUAUCAGAUAAUCAUGAGUCGUAGCCCCGUCACUGGCCGGAACAUGACCAUCACGUUACGAAAUGUGGGACAGAUGGUGGCUGGUAACCAGCAGAUCACCCUGACCCCACUUCCCAUCCAGAACCCAGCAUCCCCUGGAUUCCAGCAUACUACACCUCAGUGGAGGUUUGAGCAUGCUCCAUCCUGUUACAUCCAGGUCACCUCACCUGUGCCCCAGCCCAUGCAGCCCCAAAGUCCCACCCAGCACAGCCCAGUCCCUUUGCAGGGUGUGACAAGGCCAGGAGCACCUGCAACAGCAUUGGGUGUGUGUGGACAGAGUCCAACACGAUUUGUUGAAGCCGGUAUGAUAGUGCGGCAAAUCAGUUUAAGCAGUCCUUCGGGAAGUGGCCACUUUGUUUACCAGGAAGGGACAGGACUGGCCCAGAUUGCCCCAGCCCCACCUGGCCAGAUACAGCUGGCCUCUCCAGGAGUACCAGGCUCUGUGAGGGAACGCCGACUCUCUCAGCCUCACUCACAAACUGGAGGCACCAUCCACCACCUAGGACCUCAAAGUCCUGUGACCACCAGUACUGCUCUACCCACUCUGGGCAGUCCUGGUCACAUCACCACUUCCAACCUACCUCCACAGAUCAGCAGUAUCAUUCAAGGGCAGCUGGCACGCCCUAUGAUAUUUGAGAAGUCGCAGCAGGGUUUGGUGACUGGAGUAGGAACCACAGCCACCGCAUCAUUCAGUAUCGCCUCCUCUAUCACAACUUCUAGCACAUCCCUCACCAGUCCACACCAAGGGAUCGCCAAUAAUCCUCUUGCACCCAACAGCAUGGCUGUGGCCAAUCUGAAGAAACAGGUUUCUAAGAGGUUGGAGGAAAUUGCUCCUUCUACUCCAGAGAUUGCUCAGCUGAGAAAACUGUGCUUGGAGCACCACAGUAAGAAGAUGGAGAGCCUGAAGGAAGUGUUCAAAGAAUACCUUAUUGAGCUUUUUUUUCUGCAGCACCUCCAAGGAAACAUGAUGGACUAUGUCGCUUUUAAGAAGAAGCCGUGUGUUCCCUUGUAUACUUACUUGAGACAGAAUGACUUGGACCUUGAAGAUGAAGAGGAAGAAGAAGAACAAUCAGAGGUCAUUAAUGAUGAGGUUAAAGUUGGUACUGGAAAGGAUGGCCAAGCAGUGACACCAGUUGCCAUAGCAACACAGCUUCCUCCCAAUGUCUCUGCAGCUUUCUCAGUCCAGCAACCAUAUCAGGGACACCUAGGGACUCCAGGCACAAUGACAAACCCAGGGGACAUGGAUGCCUUUAAGAGGCAACAGGCUAUGGUGCAAGCAGAUCAGGCUAAGAGGUCCCGGAUUGACGUUGGUCGCCAUGGGCUGAUUUUCCAGCAUCCUGGUGUAGCUCUAGGAUCACCUGGCGUUCCACUGCAGCAGCUUAUGCCAACUGCGCAAGGCGGGAUGCCGCCUACUCCUCAAGCGAUCCAGAUAGCGGGACAGAAGCCAAAUCAGCAACAAUAUGACCCAUCCCAGGGACCCCCAGUGCAGAAUGCAGCCAGCCUGCACACCCCCCCUCCACUGCUCCCUGGUCGAUUGCCCCAAGGCGCCCUUCCCAUGGCUGGCCUGUCCAUGACGCUCUCUCAGCAGGCUCAGUUGGUGGAGAACACAGCUCAGCCUGGUGGUCAUCUCCAGGCACAAGUGAAGAUGCAGACAGGUGGGCCGGUCAUGGCCACAAUAAACCCCCACACACAGCUCCAGGCCCAGCUGCAGCAGCAGCUGCAGCCGGGUCUUCAUCUCCAGUUGCAGCCCCAGCAGCAACAAUCCCAGGCCAUACUACAGUCAGGGCAAGCGACUGUUGCACUAGCUCGCCCUGGUACUGAAUCAAACCAGCCAGUUCAGAGGAUUAUGACCAACUCAGUAUCCAUGUCUCCAGCUCCACUCUCUGUUCCCAAUUCUGUUCCAACCUCACAUACUGCAAGUCCGCUCCGCCCUCUCGGGUCCAACAUCAACCCAAGCACCCAGUCCAAACUGACUGGAACCAAUGGUAUAUCAGCAGUCAAGAUUGGUGGCUUUAGUCAGAGUGCCACCAUGCAGUCCUCACAGGAGGGUUCCCAAGAUAAACAAGUUGAGCAGGCCAAGCUGGAGAGUCAAGUGCAUCAGCGCAUUUCUGAGCUGAGGAAGGAGGGCCAGUGGUCAGCCAGUAGGCUCCCGAAGCUCGUGGAAGCCUCACGUCCAAAGUCCCACUGGGAUUAUCUCCUGGAAGAAAUGCAGUGGAUGGCAGCCGACUUUGCCCAGGAGAGGAGAUGGAAAGAGGCUGCUGCUAAGAAGCUUGUUCGCACGUGUUCCCGUUACCAUCAAGAGCAAAAACAAAGUGAAGAGAGGUCGAAGAAGGAAAGGGAAAUUCACCUUCGUCACAUCGCCAGCACAAUCGCCCGUGAGGUGGAAUUCUUCUGGGCAAACAUUGAGCAGGUUGUUGAAAUUAAACUCCAGUUUGAAAUUUAUGAGAAGAGGCUCAAAGCACUCAGCUUACAAAAAGCCUCGGCCAAAGUAGCUGAUCAGUCAACAGGACUCAAAGCCGAUAAGACGGAUGUUGUGACCUCAACUAAAAAAAGGAAAUCCAGUUCGUCCUUUGUCGAUGAGCACGUCACAGAUGAAGAAAGCACCAUAGAAGAACAGGAGGCCAUGGAGGGGGAAGCAGACCACAAAGCAGAGUUGGUUGACCUGGCUAAAGAUGCGGAGAUGCCGCUUGAUGCUUUAAAGAAGCAGUAUGCUGGCGCCUACGUUGGAAGCUUUGAGUGGCCUCAGCCGAGUGACGAGGACGACGCGGUAGAGACUGAAGAAAUGGAGUGUCCUACAGGCAGCUCAGCUGAGGCGGUGCUGAUUGACUCGCUGCUUAGCGUGGACCAGCACCGUGGUGCUGAUAAAGCCGCUUCCUCUGACUCUGAUAAGAAGCCUGCUAGAGACAUCGCUGAGGUGGCUGCUGCCACUGAGCUCAUCCUGCCUAAGGGAAGCUUCAGGACCAAUUCUUCUACCCGUAGCGCAGCUCCUAUUCUCCUGCAUGGGCUGCUGCGUGAGUACCAACAAAUUGGUGUGGACUGGUUGGUAAAUCUUCACAAGAAACACCUCAAUGGCAUCCUCGCUGAUGAGACCGGCCUUGGCAAGACUGUACAGACAGUGGCGUACAUGGCGCAAUUAGCUGGUCAAGAGGGUAUCUGGGGACCCCACCUUAUUGUAGUAAGGACCUGCAAGUUGCUAAAUUGGGAGGUGGAGUUCAAGCGCUGGUGUCCUGGGCUGAAGAUCCUCUUGUACCUCGGCAACAGAAGGGAGCGUCGAUCUAAGAGAAAGUGGUGGGGGGAAGCCAACAGCUUCCAUGUAUGUGUGACGUCCUACAAGCUGCUGAUGAAAGACCAGAGCCAUUUUGUGAGGAGAAGGUGGAGGCACCUGGUCCUCGACGAGGUGCAGCUCAUCAAACACAUGACUGAGAAACACUGGGAAACCAUCUUUGCUCUCAGAAGUGAGCAGAGGAUUCUCCUCAUCAACACUCCUCUACAGAAUACCCUGAAGGAAUUGUGGACCAUGAUCCACUUCCUUUUGCCAGGAAUCACCAGGUCAUACUCUGACUUCCCUGUUAAGGCCGGUACCGACCAGAACCAGGACUACUGCCACAAACUGGUCAUUCGUCUGCACAGGAUGAUCCAGCCUUUUAUCCUGAGACGCUCCAAAAGGGACGUGGAGAAACAACUGCCCAAGAAGUACGAGCAUAUUCUGAAAUGCCGUCUCUCGAGCAGACAGAAAAACCUGUACGAAGAUAUCCUCACUCAACCAGGAUCUCAGAAGGCGCUGAAGACGGGUCACUUUGUCAGUGUGCUUCAGGUGUUGAUGCAGUUACAGCGAGUCUGUAACCACCCAGAGCUGGUGGCCCCCAGGGAGACCAGCAGCUCCUUCUUCUGCUCCUCUCUGCAAUACAACGUCCCAUCGCUGGUGCUGGGAGCUCUUCAGAGGGACUCGAGCAAAAUUGCAAACAUGUCCAUAUUUGAUCUGAUCAAUAACGAGAACAGUCUGACUCGGUAUCAGACCGAAAAGGCGGUACCCAAACUAAAGAUCACCCAGCAGCUCAUAGAGGAGAUCCACUCCAGUCCAGAACCAUCCCCACGACCCAAACCAUGCCCGAUAAAACCCUUGAGAUUGUUCCAGCCAGUGCAGUACGGCACAAAGCCAGAAGGCCGCCUGGCUGCAAUCACAAGUGUGGUAGGCCAGCGUCCUCCAACGAGCUCUCCUGUCACUAGCACCUCUGUUUCUACCACCAACCUGUCGGCUCAGGCCAGGGGCAAGUCCCCUGUCACCACAUCAACAACCACCACAGCCACCUCUCACGCAGUUGGAACAGCCACUCAGAGAGCCCAGACUGCCCCUCCUGUCAGCAGCAGCAGCAACACUGCCUCUGGGAGCAGUGCUAUUGGGCAGCAUGUGUUGGGGGCCCCCUCCGUGGCCCUGGGCCAGACUUUAGCUAACACAGUGUUGGGAUCUGUAGCUCCCACCAGCCAGCCUGCAUUAGCACAAGUCCCAAGGCCAGCUCUGGCCCCCAGUCACGCCAUCCAGCCCAGCGUACUGUCCCAGAGGCUGGUUCUUACUUCUCAGGCCCAGGCAAGGUUGCCUAGUGGAGAUGUGGUAAAGAUUGCCCAGCUGGCCAACAUAGCAGGCAGUCAGAAUCGCAUCUCCCAGCCAGAGACUCCUGUCACUCUGCAGUUUCAGGGAAACAAGUUCACUUUGUCGCCAAGCCAGCUCCGCCAGCUCACCACCGGACAGCCCUUGCAGCUCCAAGGUACACUCGGCAACAUCCUGCAGAUUGUGUCAGCUCCGGGGCAGCAGAUCAUCAGACCACAGGGACCCAUGGUGAUGCAAACAAUGCCGCCAGCUGUCCCUGCCUCCAACGCCUCAGCGACACCUGGCACACCUCCUCCGACCCUGUCAACAGCCCAACAAGCAUUGGGUUUUACAACAAAUGCUGCAUCUGCCGCCACCAAGCUCACACCUGCAACGCCUGCUAGUUCUCAGGAGUCUUCGGAAGAAAAGACUCAGCAGCUCAAGGAACGCUUGUGCCGCCUUUUCGAGGCUAACGAGCGGCGCUGCAGCCGCAGAGUGCUGUACGGGUCGGACCUGCUGCAGGCUUGCACUCUGAGCACAGAGCCGGGCCACUCAGCCCUGACUGCCGGAGGCUGGAGGUGGGUAGGCAGAGAGAGCUGCCUCAGGGCCCAAAGAACCUGCGUGGCCACCACCUCUGCACUGCAGUCCACUCUGCUCUCUGUGGAGGACCGGCUGGAGACUGCUGACAGCCUCAUCAAGAGGUUGGUAUGUGUGGUCCCUCCAGCUGAAGCUACACCUGCUCACCUGUAUGCAGUCAAUCCCCCGGUUCCCUACAGCCUGGAGCAGAAAUCCCUUCACCGCCGCCUGCAGGAAGCCUCUUCUCCGCUCAGUGCCGAAAUCCAUUGUUUGGCCUCCAGGCCACUCCUUCGCUUCUCUGACCUGCAGGUCAUGCAGAUUGACUCAGGUAAACUGGAGGCUCUUUCCAUUCUGCUGCAGAAGCUUCGGUCAGAGAGCCGCCGUGUCCUAAUUUUUACUCAGAUGGUGAAGAUGCUCGACAUCCUGGAGGCCUUCUUAGAUUACAGGCAACUUACUUAUGUGCGGGUCGAUGAAAGCUUCUCUCCCGACGAACGACAGGAGACAAUGAAGAAGUUCAACAGGAACAGGAAGGUGUUCUGCAGCAUCCUGACCAACCGCUGCUGCUCGGCAGUUGGGACUCUGUUUGAUGCGGACACCAUCAUCUUCUACGACACCGACCUCAAUCCCAGCAUGGACGCCCGCACCCAAGAGUGGUGUGACAAGAUAGGACGCUCCAAGGAUAUACACAUAUACAGGUUGGAGAGUGGGAACUCCAUUGAAGAAAAGCUUCUGAAGAAUGGCACCAAGGACCUGAUCAGAGAGGUGGCGGCCCAGGGCACCGACUACACCUUGGCUUUCCUCACCCAACGGACAAUACAGGAUCUAUUCGAGGUGGAGGCUGGCUCAGGCGAGAAGGUGGAGGAGUUUGUGGUUCUUCACCAGGAGCCAUCGGCCUCUGAGGCCAUCUCUCCCAGAGUGGCUCGACCCUACAUCCAGGCUCUUCACAGCAUAAACCUGGACGCCCAGCCUGAGCAGGAAGAGCAUCAGCCGGAUGAGGAGUUAGCAGUCAAGGACUCAACCGAGGACGACCAAGAGCCAGAGAACCAAGCUAAAGAAGAGCCGACUCAGAAAGAGGAGCUGAAUGCAAUCAUGGAACAGGUACUCUCACACGCAAUUGAAAGGGACGCCCCUUCAUUAACCUGGAGUAGCUUUCACAUCAGUGAUGAUGAAACGGCUCUCAAGGAGCAGCUGGAGUGCUCUAAGAGAGGCUGGGAACUGCAGCAUCUGCAGAAGCUAAAGGAGGAGGAGAAGGAGGAGCAGCACAUUAUGGAGGGAGAUGAAGAUCUCUUCACCUACACCAGAGAGGAUGCCUACAACAUGGAGUAUGUAUUUGAUGCCGAGGACGGCCAUACAGAAAUCAUGCCACUUUGGACUCCACCGACUCCACCACAGGAUGACAAUGACAUUUACAUUGACUCUGUGAUGAUGCUCAUGUAUGACACCACACCCAUGCCCGAGUCCAAGCUGCCUCCUAUCUACAUCCGCAAGGAGCACAAACGACUCAAGAUGGACCCCUCAGCAGCAGCCAGAAAGAAGAAGAAGGGCCACGGCGAGACGGUCAUUCCCCCGCGCUCCCUUUUCGAAAAGGCCAGCAUGCUGAAAGUUCGCCGGGAGGGAAAGGACCAGAAAAAGACCUUUUCCCUGAAGCAGCAGGCGCCCUUUGCCAAACCCCUCCCCUCGCUGGUUAAACCUGCCAUGGAGGCGGGCCAGGACAACCCUGAGUGGCUUAUCAGUGAGGACUGGGCUCUGCUUCAGGCUGUAAAGCAGCUGCUGGAAUUACCCUUGAACCUGACCAUCGUCUCCCCUGCACACACUCCGAAUUGGGAUCUGGUGAGCGAUGUGGUGAACUCCUGCAGCCGCAUCUACCGCUCGCCCAAACAGUGUCGCAACCGCUACGAGAACGUCAUCAUUCCCAGAGAGGAGGGCAAGUUGGUGUAUGAGGCGAACCCCAAGAAGAAAACCAAGAGCAUAUACAAGUCUAAGAACAGCCGUCCUCUCAGGACCUGUCAGAUCUACACACAGGAUGACAAUGCCACUCACAUCCAACUCUACAACAGCCGCUUUGAACUCAUGAAGAUCAUUGCCAGCAAGAGGAGCCCUCCAAUCAAACCGUUGCUUGGCAUGAAUGCGUUCCAGAAGAAUCCCAAACAUGCCUCGGUUUUAGCAGAAAGUGGAAUAAGCUACGAUAAACCGCUACCCCCCAUUCAAGUGGCCUCCCAACGCGCCGAAAGGAUUGCAAAGGAGAAAAAGGCCCUCGCGGAGCAGCAGAAGGCUCAGCAGUUGGCCCAGCAGCAAACUGGAGCGACCCCUGCCCAGGCCGCCCCCGGACAGGCACAGACUCCCGUGGCCGGCCAGGCUCAGGUCCCUCAGGCCGCCGCCGUGGUGCCCAAUGCGGUUCUGGCUGGAGCCAUAAAAAAUGCCACGGUCGCUACAACCCUUCAGGCUGCGGCGGUAGGGGGGAUUGUGAACACGGCAGCUGGAGUUCCUCCAAGUCCCUUCCAGGCCAACAAACGGCUGGCAUCUCCAGUCAUCCCAGGCACUCUGUCUCCCGCUGGUGCGGCUGGGGCCCAAGUGGUCCACGCACAACAGAGGGCUGUAGCGGCCGCCGCUUCCCCUGCCGAGGUGGUCGCCAUAGCUACGGGUCAGGGUGUCCGAGCCGUGACCCAAGUGACGGCGUCCGCAGUGGUUUCCACCACUCUGAGCCCGGUGCAGUCGCAGCCUCGCCCCCUGGUCGCUCAGGUCCCUGCAGCCACAGGGAUGCAGCUGUCUCAAGGAAAGUCUGUCAACACGGCCCACCUGCAGAUGCUCCGACAGCAGCAGCUGCAGCAGCACCAACAGCAGCAGCAGCAGGCUGCGUCCCCACAGAUGAAAACUGUAGGCAAACCGCAGGAGUUGAUAAAAAUGCACAAGCAUAAGUUGCAGCAGGUGGCUGCAGCCCAGGGCCAACAGGCUGCAGGGGCCCUGCAGGCCGCCCAGGUGCAGCCCGCACAGGCUGCCCAAGCCAAUCCCCAGCUCGCAGCUGUGGCCGCACCCAGACCCGGAGCCGUGCUGACCGGUACCACUGUUGCCAACCUGCAUGUGGCCCGACUGACCCGAGUGCCAACUCAGGGCCAGAUUCAGGGGCAGGCAGGACAGACGGCUCAGGUGACCCUCACCAAGCCUCCUGUGGUCUCGGUGCCCGCUGUGGUGUCAUCAGCUGGCGUCACUACUCUGCCGGUCACAGUGGCUGGCAUCAGUGUGGCUAUUGGUCAGCCCCAGAAAACUGGUGGGCCUGUCCUGACGCAGUCAUUCCCACCUAUGCACGUCCAAAAGCUGCUUCAGUUGAAGAAACAGCCACAGCAGCUGCAGCAGCAGGCCGCCGCCGCCCAGCAGAAAGCAGGGCAGCAGCAGCAGGGACAGGCCACUGUGCAGCAGAAGAUCGGCAGCCAGCAGGUCACCGUGCAAGCGGCCCAGCCCGCCCAGCAGAAGGUGACCUAUGCCACCGCAACACAGCUCCAACAAGGGAUCAAGACCCAGUUCUUCCCUACGUCCAUCUCCCAGGCCCAGAAACCCGCUGGAGCUCAACAAAUCCAGGUGGCUAAGCUCCCACAAAUAGUGCAGCAGCAAACCACCGUGGCCAAUAUUCCACAGAUCGUGUCUUCUGCUCAGCAGAUCCAGGCCCAGACCUUGACUCUGACCCAGGCGGCGCCGUCCGCGCCUUCUCAGAUGCAGAUGAUCCCCGCGGGCACGGCGGCGGCCCAGGUUGUCCAGCAGAAGAUCCUCCAGCAGCAGGUGGUGACCGCCGCCACCUCCCCCAAGAUCCAGACGCCUCCUCCCCACAGCCCCGCCCAACAGCCCGCCGCACCUUCCUCCGCAGAGGCCCCGGCGCAGCAGGCCACUCACGGCCAACAGCCCGCUAAGGGUCAAGCCCGCCAGGGCGGCAUCAGGGCCAAAACUCCCGCCAAGCCCGGCGGGGGAAGCAGCUAGGAGAAGCACCCCGACGAAACUGAAACGGCCGAGUGUUGUUUUUUUUCUCGCCGCACAGAUGCGUCGGUACUGGGUUUGUUUCUUAUGGAUUCAACAGCAGCUGAGGCCAGAGGCAGACUUUGCGUUGCGUUGUUAGUCACAUCAAACCGUUACUUCACCUCAAAACUAACUGAUUGAAAUUGAGUCCAACAUACUAAUUAUUAUUAUUGCUCAUACCUAAACUCAACCCCAGCACUGCUGCCCAUAAUUCAUGUUGUCUUCAUCUGUCAUGAAAUGUGGAUAUUUUUUUGACGUUACCACAACUUUCCCCAUAACUACUGCCCUGAAGACAUCAAACCGUCACGCCUUCAAAUGAUUAUAUUAUAAGUUGAGAUAUCUGAGGCUUAUGGGCGAUUUUGCAUUGGGAAAGCUGUCCAUUAGAAUAAGUGUAUUCAUAAAUAGUCCCUUUUAUGUCUAAUUUCCUUGUCUAUAGAUACUGAAUGGAGAAUAAUGCACGUUCCUUUAGUCCUUUGUUUUUUAUUGCAGCAAAUACACUGUAAACAUGUACUUUAGUAUUUUGUGUUUUCUCAUAAAUUGUCUUUUUUUUAUUGAUGUCAACAAAAAAAUGUAAAUAUUGAUGAAAAACAUUUGUACUUGUAAAGUAGUUGUGUUUUCAUUGGGUUUUUUCAGCCUAAUUGUAAUAAAGUGUUUUGUUUUUAUACACAUUCA